AAAGUAAUCGGAACGUACGUCCUGCAAGGGAGGUAAGUAGUUUACAGGGAGGUCAAAAUGAGAGUCGUUCGCCGGAUUGGAAGAGUGAAUUUAGAUUGGUCCGGGAGAAACCUUUUUUCCAUUGUUACGAACCUUAAAAACAAUGGUGUUGGACGCGUGGUUGUCAGACACAGCUUCUUAAACAGAUAUCCUGAGAAAAGCUAUUAUCGAUUGACCGAAGUGCAGCCCAACUUUUGUGAUGGUAAACGACGAACAGGAAAGGCCUGGGGUAUCAAAGUUUUCCGCGGCAAAGAAUUUCCCCGUCCUUGUGGAAUCGAUGCCUGUCACAAAGCCGAUUGGAAAUUAAUUCCUAAAGAGGAAGAGGAAGAAUUCUGCAAGUUAACUGCAACAGAUGUACGAGAGACCCAAACUGUACCACUGUCAAUGGAAUUCCCACCACUUCUUAAAGCCAUGAUUCUCGCAAAGAAAACCGAGAAUGGAGAAUCACUACCAGAAGAUUUGCGUUUAAAACUGACAAUCAACAAAGGCCCAUUUUCCACUGAAGUCAAACAACAAGAUAAACAUCCUUAAGAAAUUUCUGUUAUAACAUUUUGUAUAUAAAUUAUGAUUGUUUCUUUUGA